CAACACUACAAAUCUAUUACAUUUAUUGAGCAAUGAGCGAUCCGGUAGUAGAGAGAUAUUUUUCCACCUGCAGGUCCCUCAAGAAGAGGUUCCUGAGGAAACCAAAUAUCACCGAGGCUAGAGACAACUUCUACUCAUUUGGCAAGCAGCUGAUAGUAUCAGGAAACAAAGAGUACGCAGUGAGCUGCUAUAUGUCCGCGUCACAGUGCGAGGAGCAGUUAGGGAACACUGUGGGUGAAACUAAUGCUCUUACUAAAGCUGCUGCUCUCUUUCUCGAGUUGGAGAAGGACAAGCAGAAGUUGUGUAUCUCAAGUAACGAGCACUACCUUGCAGCAGGUAUAGACUGCUACAACAUGGCUGUAAACAAGCUGGUAGCUACUAAUAAACACGACCUCGCUCUUAAACUCUGUGUAGAGUUAGGCUGCCUGCUAGUAGACGUAGGACACAUCCCAGAUGCUGAACCACAUUUCAUCAAGGCUUCCUCUCUCAUCAACCCUGGCAACAUUACUUUGCAGAUAGUGGUAUUAAAGAAGUUGUGUUAUUGCAAGACUUACUGUAAGAACUACAUGGGAGCAUUAGAGACGCUGGAUAGACUGGUAUAUCUGAUAAACGUGUCAACUUCUAUGAUCGAAGAGAAGAUCACGUCCCACCUACAGGAUACCCUGGAGUUCUGUGAGCUAACCACCCUCCUCCUACUUCUCAUCGUCAACACUCCCUUCCUUCAUCUCUCUCAGCUCCACAAAGAUCUGAUAGAUAAGUACAGCACAGUUCCGUUAGAUGUUCUCACUUCUGAAGCUGAGGUAGACCGGUUUAUCAACCUGGUGGAGAUCGCCAUGGCAACCAAACACAGGGACUACAGGACGCUAACCACUCUACACAACAAGCUCUAUUCCACCCUGGACUCUCAACAGAACGAGCUGUUUAGAGAACUCAUCUCCAGAGUCGAGGACAUCCACCUCGUCCUACUUUGAGGUUACGUGAGGUUAUGAGGAUAAGCUCAUACAUGAAGAUUGAGGUUAAUUGUCAUUGUACGAAAUGUCUUUAGUUGUAUGUACCAUGUCUGUUAUGUGUGCAGGUUGAGGUUGAGGUUGAGUAGUAGUACAGUAGUAGUAGUGACGAUAUUAUGAGGAUUAUGUUCCAUAACUUCUCUGUUCUUUUAUGACAUUAUGUAUUGUUCAGGCGACAGUUUGAUUUGUAAUGUCGUGUUCUUGUGUUGUCGUGUUCUUGUGUUGUCGUGAUGUCGUAUUGUCGUGGUGUUGUAUUGGUUUUUAGUGUCGUCUUAGGUAGAGAUUUUAAUUUGCCCCAUUGCCAGGACUUUAUCGCAAUAUGCGCCUCUUUGUUCUAACUAAAUCAGAUUUCCUUUUCUAUUGAUGAGUAAUAUAAGAGUUAUGUAAUGAUAACAAUUUAAAAUCAGUUUGUUGUAAAAUUCUAUUAGUAUUGGUUAAUUUUGUUGUAUAUUAUUGCUGUAAAUUCAGUUUUUGAUUUAAAUUUUGAAUAUUAUCUUACUGUUAGUAA